AUGAACAAUAUUGUGAAAUAUGUGAAGGCAAUUGUAGUCAAAAAUAUUGGUCUUAGUCCUUUUACUACUGCAAAGAUUGCGGCUUUGAUUGUUAUCCUUGCUGCAUUCUGGGCAAGCAGAAAAAGAGGAAAAAGGAAAGAGGAAGAGUACGUGUCCUACCUUUGGAUAAGAAGGUGGAAAUUGUUCCUUGUGAGCUUGAGGUGUACAAAGAGAUUAAACACUGUAAAGAACACCGUCACUCGAUCUGUGACUUCUAUAACGUUCUUUGAUAUGAACAUAAACUCAAUUCGUGAGGUAAAUUGGCACGCUCCUAAUGCUUUUGAAUUCAAGGUCAACACUGAUGGUGCUGCUCGUGGAACUCCGGGGCCGGCAGGCUAUGGUGGUAUGUUCCGGGACCACUUGGGCAAUUGUAUGAGUUGUUUUGCUGGUUCCAUGGGCAUUGCUACUGCCUUAGAAGCGGAGCUUCAAGCCAUUAUUCAUGCAAUUUCUAUGGCUUCAAGAAAGGGAUGGCGUUCACUUUGGAUUGAGUUCGUUUUUCACAUAUUCUUCGUGAAGGGAAUCAGGGCUUACCUAAUUUUCACAUUGCCUGAAUUCGAUAUGCUUGAUUCUCAUUUGGGUUGGUGGUUACCUUCAGUAGAUGUGGGCUUAGAUUUUAAUGGUAUAGGUUUCAUGGUUACUGAUGUUUUGGAGAGGAAUCUAUCUUCUCUGAAACUUGAAAAAACUCGCUCUCUUUCUUUUGUCUCAAGCUUCAUCUUCCUGAAAAAGCUAUUGAGCAAGAUGCAGUUUUCUUCACUGCAAACCUUUGUUUUCUUACUGCUAGCUCUUUUUUGUGGUGCUCUUACUCAAACAAGCUGCUUGAAUUUCAACUAUCCAACAUUUGAAGACAAAGUGGAUGACGAAGAUUUCAUUAUAUCCAAAAACUCAAGCAUAGCUUCGGGUGCCAUCCAAGUCACUCAUGAUUUUUCUUGGUCUUCCAUCAGCAAUGAAUCCGGAAGGUUUUCAUAUAAGCAGCGAUUUAAGCUGUGGGGAGAUGGUCGUCGGAAAAAAGCUUCAUUUAACUCUACCUUCGUAAUUAACAUCAGUAACAAAACAAAUCCGGGUGCUGAAGGCCUGGCCUUUAUCUUAGCUGCCAACUCUACUCUUCCGGAGAACAGCAAUGGACAAUGGCUUGGAAUUGUAAAUGCAAAUUCCAAUGGAUCUGAUCGAGCCAAAGUUGUGGCGGUAGAGUUUGACACAAGUAAAAGUUAUGAGCAAGAUCUGGAUGACAACCAUGUUGGUGUGGAUGUAAAUAGCAUUUACUCCCGCAGCCAAGAGAGCUUGACAAGAUAUGGCAUCAAGCUUUCAAAUGGUACAAGUUACGCAGUGACAGUUCAGUAUGACAGCCAGAACCUCACCAUCUUUGUUUCUCACACCAAUGAAAAUGGGGAGCAAAUGAAGGAUCAGGUUUUGUCCCUUGCUAUUAAUCUCUCAGAGUAUCUUCCGGACAAGGUUUAUGUGGGAUUCUCAGCUUCCACGGGCAACAACACCCAGCUAAAUUGCAUAAAGUCAUGGAGCUUCACCUCUUCACAUAUAGAUGAAAAUCCAAACCUACUGUGGGUUUGGAUUGUAAUCCCAGCAGCAGUAGUAAUGGUUGUCCUAGCAGUAGUUGCUUCUUGCAUCUACUGGAGAAGACGAGGGCAAAAGGAAUUACUGGAGGAUGCAUAUCCCAGGAUAGAAGAUGAGAUUCAAAGAACUGUCUUGGCUCCAAAAAAGUUCGAACUGAAAGUACUUCAAAGAGCUACAGGCAGUUUCAAUCCCAAGAACAAGCUUGGAAAAGGUGGCUUUGGAACAGUAUAUAAGGGACUCUUGGGAAAUAAAGAGAUAGCGGUCAAGAGAGUCUCAAAGGAUUCACGUCAAGGCAAGCAAGAAUUCAUAGCAGAAGUCACCACAAUAGGAAGCCUUCGUCACAAAAAUUUGGUUAAAUUGAUUGGCUGGUGCUAUGAAAGCCAUGAGCUUCUUAUUGUAUAUGAGUUGAUGCCAAAUGGAAGCCUCGACAGAUUCCUAUUUGGGGAUGACAAGUUAGGCAAAGAGAUGGAGGUACCACCACUGAGCUGGGAGAGAAGGCACGGCAUCAUAAGUGGGGUAGCUCAGGAACUAGAUUAUCUUCACAAUGGAUGUGAAAAGAGAGUACUACACCGAGACAUAAAAGCCAGCAACAUCAUGUUAGAUUCAGAUUUCACUGCACGGCUGGGAGACUUUGGAUUGGCUCGUACACUUCAGCAAAGUGAAAUAACUCACCACUCCACCAAAGAGAUUGCAGGAACACUAGGUUAUAUGGCCCCAGAAACAUUUCUUACAGCAAGGGCUACAGUUGAAACAGAUGUCUAUGCAUUUGGUGUUCUUGUGCUAGAAGUUGUCUGUGGAAGAAGGCCAGCUGGAAAUCAACUUGAGCAGAGUAACUACAACAAUAGCAUAGUGUAUUGGCUAUGGGAUCUUUACAGCCAGGGAAGGGUCCUUGAUGCAGUGGACUCAAGAUUGGAUGGAGACAUAGAUGAGGAUGAUAUACUGUCCGUGCUGACUUUGGGGUUAGCCUGUUGCCAUCCCAACCCACAUCAGAGGCCCUCCAUGAGAACUGUUCUUAAGGUUCUUACCAGGGAAGCAGAUCCUCCGUUGUUGCCAACUGAAAGACCGGCUUUUGUAUGGCCAUCCAUGCCUCCAUCAUUCAAAGAGGAUACAGAAUGUGAUGUAGCUGGAGGUCAGCUUACUCCAUUCACAGUACUCGGUGGAAGAUGA